CAGCGGAAGAGGAAGUCAUGAGCGUAUAUUAAUCAGCAUGGGGCUCCUCAUUGGAACAUCUGCCUGGAGCUUCUCAGCAGACCAUCUACUCUUCUACACAGACCGUUAACGUCAAGACAUUUUGUGCACAUCAUGUCACUUGCACAGAAAAGUAAACACCAACACGGCCGUAUUUCCUUUGCCAACUCAAACUCAAAUGAGUCUAACCCACCUGAUUAUGAGGCGGUUGAUGUUCUGGGGCCAAGGGGACCCCAAGAUGGAGGUCUCUCGGUGUUGAGCAUUGACAUGUGUGUGGCGGACAACAGAAAAGACCAUUACACGGACAAGUACAAGAAUUCCAGUCUCAUUGUGCGCAGGAAUAAAGAGUUCACCAUCAUCAUCAAACUAAACCGGGCCUUCAAUGCAGAGCAGGAUAAUGUGCAGCUGGAGUUCAUGAUUGGCAAUUCACCUUAUGUAAACAAGGGCACCUACAUCACCGUGUCCAUUGGAAAAGAGAAACGUGACGGACGCUGGAAUGGUCGCGUGAUUGGCACGCAAGAUACUGAAGUGACAGUGGGCAUAACACCUGACGCCCGCUGCAUCAUUGGCCGCUUCCGUACCUUUGUAGCAGUAGUGACUGAUUUGGGAAAACAGCGUACUCAGAGGAACCCAGACACUGAUUUAUAUGUGCUGUUCAAUCCUUGGGACCCUGCGGAUCAAGUGUACAUGGACAAAGAGGAAGACAUACAGGAGUAUGUGAUGAAUGAUGUGGGGAACAUUUACGAUGGAGAUUUCAACAACAUAACCUCCUUUUCAUGGAACUUUGGGCAGUUUGAAGAGGGGGUUCUGGAUGCCUGUCUUAUGAUAAUGGAUGCUGGGAAAGUACCGCUAAUGUACCGUGGGAAUGCCACUCAAGUAGUUCGGCAAGCAUCAGCUCUGCUGAACUCCCAAGACGAUAAAGGUGUCAUGGUUGGCAACUGGAGUGGUGACUACUCCGGCGGCACAGCACCCACUGCCUGGACCGGGAGCCCUGAAAUCCUGCUCAAAUAUGUCAAUAAGGGUUAUGAGCCUGUGCGCUUUGCGCAGUGCUGGGUGUUUGCCGGCGUGAUGAACACUUUUAUGCGUGGUCUCGGGAUCCCUACACGGGCCAUCACCACUUUCCGCUCUGCUGUUGACAACACGGGCAACUUGAAGACAGACAUUGUGCUGGACGAAGAUGGGAAAUUAGACCGAAGCCGAACAAAGGAUUCAGUCUGGAACUUCCACUGCUGGAAUGAGGUGUACAUGAAGAGGCCUGAUCUGCCUGAUAAUUUCUCUGGCUGGCAGGUGAUCGACUGCACCCCUCAGGAGACCAGUGAUGGUCUUUAUCGAUGUGGCCCAACGUCUGUCAAUGCAAUCAAAGAGGGAGAGCUCAGCUAUCCGUUCGAUGCAAAGUUUGUCUUUGCAGAGAUAAACAGUGAUCUGAUAUACUAUAAGGCUGAUAAAUAUGGAAAACUGAAGAUUAUCAGUGUAAACACUGUGUAUGUGGGAAAGCUCAUUUUGACUAAAAAGAAGGACAGUAGCGAAUAUGAGGACAUCACGUCUAACUAUAAAUACCCAGAAGGAAGUCUCAAGGAGAGAGAGACCAUGCAGAUGGCAGUGCGUCGUGGAGUUACUUCCAUGGAUAACUUGACACUCCCUGAAGCAGGUGUGGACAUCGAGCUCCAGGCUGACACCAUCAAAAUUGGUGACAACUUCAAGCUGACUCUGAACAUUAAGAACCAGACCAGCCAAACCUGCACCAUCAGCGUCGUCAUCACUGGCUGUGCGGCGUUUUACACAGGCAUCACUAGCACAACUUUUAUGUUUGAAAACCAAUCUGCAACUGUGGAAGCCUCAAAGACUGAGUCCCUGACAAUAGAUGUCACAGCUUUGGAGUACAUGCCCUACCUUGUGGAACAGUCCAACCGGCUCUUCAUGGUGUAUGGGCGAGUUGAGGAAAGUGACACUUCCCUUUGCACAAUGAAAGUUGUCAAUCUUCAGCCUCCUGAACUCACAAUGAAGAUGACUGGAUCUCCCCGGGUUGGCAAGGAACUCAUGGUCAGUGUGGAAUUCCUGAAUCCCUAUAAUUUCACCCUGAAAAAGGUUCAGCUCCGCAUUGAUGGACCUGGUCUGACACAGACCAAAUUGAAACAGUACAGCCAGAUAUUACCUGGUGCCUCGGUGAUAUAUAAAGUGUUGCUGAUCCCUCAAUCUUUGGGGAAGAAGGUGCUGAUGGCAUGUCUAGACUGCCCUCUACUGAGACAGGUCACCAAUCAGCUGGAAUUUGAAGUAGUGCAAGACGAAAAUAUCAAUGAACAAAGCGUGAUACUGGGAACAAGAUAGAGAAAAGACAGGGAAAGAGGAACGGAAGAGAAAACACAAUUGCAGUACCAUUGCUCUGUUUUGCUUUGAUUCACCAAGCAAACAUUUGUUUUUUUUAACCAAAAAUGAAAUAAUUAAAUGUUACAUGUACUUUAUAUUACAUCUACUGAAGUUAAAAUAAUAGCUCACUCAAAAAUAAUGUUUUUUUUUUUUUCAAACCUUUAUGACUUUCAUUGUUCUGUGGAACACAACCGAUAUUUUGAAAAGCAGAAGAUAAAUUUAUGCAGGUUUGGACAACAUGAGGGUGAGUAAAUGACAACAGAAUAACUAUCCUUUUAAAUCAGCAAGUGUGAGAACCAUAAUUAAUAAUGACAUCCAUUGAAAUCCCUAGUGAUCUGUAACGUGUUUUGUUUGGGGAAAUGUUUUCUCUGGUUGGAAGGAAUCUUAACUAACUUACUGUAUUAAUCACAAUGUAUUGUUGUUUUACUGUGCUCUAAUGCCAUGGACUAUGUUGUACUAAUGCAAAUCAACAAUAAAUGUUUAGCAUGAAA